AUGUAUUAUGAACGUAAGGUUGCAUUGAGUAUCUGGAGAGUGUAUUUGCCAAUAUUGGUUGUAGUCGGAACACUAGGAAAUCUUAUGACAAUAAUUUUUCUGAUGCAACUUAGGUACUGCAAUUCUAGUAUAGCUAGAUAUCUGACAGCGCUUGCUGUAUCCGACGUAAUGAUGCUAUGGAUCGCGGUUCCGAGAAGUGUUCUGCAUUUCGGUUACGGUAUUGACAUAAGAUCAAGUUCACAGUUUGUAUGCAAAGUACAACUUUUUUAUUUGCUCUACCUUGCGGGUCAAAGCUCUGCUUGGUUUAUUGUUAUAUUAACUAUUGAGCGCUUUAUUUCAGCAUGGCUACCGAUCAAAGCAAAAGCAAUAUGUACCGUAAGAAGAGCAAAUAUCGUUAUCUUAAGCUUGUUAGCCUUCUUCAUUGUAUUGAAUGCACAUUUUCUUUAUGGUAUGGGGCACGCAAAGGGUAAUAUGUGUUACCAGAUGGACGACAGUUAUACAAAUUUCUAUUUUUACAUAUGGUCAGUGAUACAACUAAGCGUGUUUUUCCUAUUACCACUCACAAUUUUAAUGGUAAUAAAUAUAUCCAUCAUUAUUCGUGUCUUGAUUACCGGGCGGAAGUAUCAAACACAGGUUAUACCUCAGGCACUGACCACUGCAGCACGAGCAAGAAAAGCAAAAAAUUAUCAGAUAACUGCGAUGCUUAUUGCAGUGAACGUAGUUUAUAUGAUCUGCAUGACACCAAUACUGGUUUUUCUAACGUCCUAUACCGGCUGGGUUUUGUCACAUGGAGACGAGAAUAGUGACGCUGUAUUAGAACUUAUUUGGGCAAUAAUAAAUGCAUUGUUUUAUACUAAUUACGCAGUAAAUUUUAUCCUUUAUUUCGUCAGUGGAUCAAGAUUCAGAAGUGAGGUCGUAAGAAUUUUCUGUCAAAGGAAAAACUCGUGCCCAAUUAUUUGCCGAUGGAAUUGGUGGCAUUCAUGGGGACGUAAUGCGAAUAUCAGCACCGUUGAAGGGAAUAUGAAUAUAGAACUGCAAAACGUGACGGUAUCGCAAGAAUAA